CCCCUCCCAGGACUCAAGCCCUCCCCGCCCGCCCAAACCCGCCUGCGUCUGUCUUAUCACGGUGGGCAGGGCCUCGCCCGCACCUGCCUGUGGGCGCCACUCGGGACUGCCGCUUGCUAGCUGGCAGCGGGUUUGACGGUCAUGGAGACCCUGGGGACAUUUCUCAUGCUGGGGGUCCUGCUCUUGCCCCCUGUGGAGGCCCAGCAGGUCACAGGGCGUUACCUGAAACCGUGGCUGGUGGGCCUGAUAGCGGUGGUGGUCUUCCUGUUCAUCGUCUACCUCACCAUCCUGGCCAACCGCAUCUGGUGCUCCAAGGCGAGGGCUGAGGAUGAGGAGACUGUCUUGAGAACGGAGAACAACCCAUACCAGGAGGUGGACCUGAGCAAGGAAGAUGAGCAGGAGGAGAAAAAGAAGAAGGAGGAGAAGUCAGUGAAGGAAGGAGAGAGCAACUCAGGGCUGGAGCUGGGCAAGGCAGAGGAAGACACAGACUCCGAGGAGACAAAGAACACGGCCAUGUGAUGAUCCUGCCGCCUUCUCCAGGCAGCCCCCCAGAGAUGCCCCUUCCCCACCCCAUGAGCAAUGCUCUGGACUUGAAGCCAGCGAAGUGACUCCACCUGGGGUUGAGAACACGGUGUUCCUGAGUGGAGCGGCUCAGGACCUGCCCUGCCUCCCUCCAGGGGCUCUCUGGGCAUGACUUGGUUUCCACGCACCCCUCUUCCCAAGCGUGGUCCUGCUGAGUGGUUCUUCUCAUACUUGGAGAGCGUCCUCGGCCAAGGCGACGCCCUCAACCCCUCACAGUCUCACGGCUCCACCUGCUUUUACCCACUGCCUGAUUUCUACUGGCCAGCACUUGCCCACUCCCACGCAGCCUGGGGGCCCCGCAUUAAAGAAUGGAUAAGAGCCCUUUAGAAGGGCUCCUGUCAUCUCUUGGGAAUCACUUUACUGCUUUGGGGGUUGGGGGCAGUGCGUGGGCGGGCAUGGAGGAUGAUGCCAUGCAGAUGCCCAGAUGUCCUGAGCAGAUUAAACACUCCCCCAGCAACCUUGUUUUUCCCCCGGCCUGAGCACUGGACUUUGAGCCCCCAGCGCCUGUCUCCUGGGAAACCUUUGCUUCCACACACACCCCUCCCCUCCCUCGCUGUUUUGGGACACGUGAGUGUUUCUGGGAGCUGGGUCUUGGAAGGUGGGGUGUGCCCCAGGGCCUCCUGCAAUAUCUUGGAAAGGGAGGAGCACUUUCUCUGCUCGAUUUGUUUUCCCUCUUCCCCCCUCUUUCUCCGGACCCUGGACCUUGCCCGGCCAUUAACCAUUUCUUAAUGAAGAUCUUGAUAAGAGCUGGCAUGUGGUGCUCCGUUCUGGGCACCGGUGGCUCCCGGCCCAGAGCAGGGGAGCUUCUGCGGCAGAACACCUCCAGGACCGUCCACCAGGGGGCGAACCCCCCAACAUGAUAAAUAACUACAAUAAAUGGUCCUCAUGGACGCUCCCACUGAA